AUGUUGGCAACGAUAGUGUUAUUUAUAUCGCACAUUUGGAACUCAUUGUGUGUGGAAACUACCACUGAGGAUCUGGGUGCAGUGGACAGCUGGAACCGCGUGAUUACUAAGUGUUACCAUGGUGAGCAAUGUUACGCGAUUGCGGAUGCGAGUGAUUUGGCAAAUUUGGUGGGGUCAUGGCCAAGCUUUGGGAGUUUGCUGAAGACGACAUUGUGGUGGGACCUCGAUCCGGUUUGCGACAAAUUGAUUAAUCUUACUCCGGUGGAGGCAGAGGCAGCUUUUCUGGCGCUGAGUAAGGCCAAGCAGCGACAACGCGCUACCAUUUGCCACCGACUAUGGCCCUCGGGGUCCUGGACGGUGGGUGUGGGAAACGUAGCAAUUGGCUUGGCCAUGAUGUUAACUACGCGGACGCUCUUUGAGGUGGCAACCAUGCUGCUACUGAAGAGGUCACGUCACCGUGUCUUCAACAUGGGCGUCCUUGUGGAUGUCGUAAUUGGCAUUCUCGCACUCCUAUUAGCCUACGACAUGGUCCGUAACUCGUUUUGGGGACUUAGUGCAGCCUCCAACGACUUUGCAUGCAUCGUCGUACUUCCCGUUGUCCUCUACCAAGCAAGACGCACUGCACGGACCAUCAAAAUGGUCCGACUGAACGAAAGCGAUGAACGACUACGCAAACUCCAAGAAACGCAACUCGGUAAGGAAAUUGACGCUCUCGCCCACGGCAGAGAAACCACCCAAGGUACCAUCGAUAACGAAGAAGGCACCACCUACACCCGCGCUAAAGGGUUCAUUUCGAGGCUCAUGAAUCGCGUACCAAAGUCCCCUUAA